GGAAACGUCAUGAAGUGACAGCAGCAGCAGCAGCAGCAGAGCGCGGUGAGUCGAGCGCUCGCCCCGUUUCCCGUUCUCGGACGAAAUUCAGCGUCCGUUCGGUCGAUCAGACCUCCGAUUCCCGGCCUAGCCAUGGACGAGCAGGCGGGCCCCGGUGUGUUCUUUAACAACAACAACAACUCGGUUCUUCCCGGUGGAGCGAAAGCGCCUCAACCGGGCGACGGCGGCGGCGGCGGAGAAACGGCCCGCGCUCAGUACAGUAUUCCGGGGAUUUUACACUUUCUGCAGCACGAGUGGGCCCGGUUCGAGGUGGAACGGGCGCAGUGGGAGGUGGAACGGGCCGAACUGCAGGCUCAGAUUGCGUUCCUGCAGGGCGAGAGGAAAGGCCAGGAGAACCUGAAGAAGGAUCUGGUGAGACGGAUAAAGAUGCUGGAAUAUGCCCUGAAGCAGGAGCGGGCCAAAUACCACAAGCUGAAGUACGGGACGGAGCUGAACCAGGAGACUGAAGCCCCCAGCUACGACUCAGAUGAGGGCAACGAGAACGAGGCUCUUCCUGAACCGCCAAACAGUCAACUGAGCUGGAAACAGGGACGCCAGCUGCUGAGACAGUACCUGCAGGAGGUGGGCUACACCGACACUAUCCUGGAUGUGAAGUCUCAGCGGGUCAAAGCGCUGCUCGGACUGGCCGGAGACAGCGGAGAGAGACCCGGAGACAAGAGGAGCGAGCCCAUGGUGAACGGGACCGAGCCGUCCUCGCUGAAGGACAGCACCACCACCAUGAUCGGGAAAGCGGAGAUGUCGGACUCGGCCACGGUGCUGGAAGCCUUCAAGUUCAUCGAGAAAGCCGCCGCUGAGUUCAGUGACGAAGACGAUGACGAGGACAGCGAGGGACAGAACAAGACCAUCAUGGACCUCACCACCAUGGUGAGGAGGAAGGUGUCUCCGUCUCCCUCCUCUUCCUCGGCUGACAUGAGCGACGACUUGGACACGGAGGAGGUUCUGAAGGGCUUUGACUUUCUGGCUAACAGCGAGGACAUGGAGGGCCCGUCUGAAGCGCUGUCCUCCGGAGAGAGAGCCGACUGGGAGAAGGAAGAGCAGAGCCCCUCAGAGUCCUGGGACGUGGAUGAGGGCCUGAUCUCUAAACUCAAGGAACAGUACAAGAAGGAGCGCAAGGGCAAGAAAGGGGUGAAGAGGCCGAACCGCUGUAAGCUGCAGGACAUGCUGGCUAACCUGCGCGACGCCGAGGAUCUGUCGUCCAUCCAGCCUCCGGUGGCUCCUCCGGUCCGCCCCAGCCUGCCCCGACUCAACGAGCAUCCUCUGGGACGCACCGAUGAGGUCGAAGCCCUGACGUUCCCCCCGUCCUCGGGGAAGUCCUUCAUCAUGGGGACAGACGAGACGCUGGAGAGCGAGCUGGGUCUGGGAGAACUGGCCGGACUCACCGUGGCCAACGAGGCCGAGAACCUGUCCUACGACAUCACUAAUAAUAAAGACGCCCUGCGGAAGACGUGGAACCCCAAGUUCACACUCAGAAACCACUUCGAUUCGAUCCGAGGUCUAGCGUUUCACCCCAUCGAGCCGGUCCUGAUCACUGCGUCUGAAGAUCACACGCUCAAGAUGUGGAACCUGCAGAAAACCGCCCCCACCAAGAAGUGUGCCGCUCUGGAUGUGGAGCCCAUCUACACCUUCAGGGCUCACAGGGGUCCGGUUCUGUGUGUGGUGAUGAGCUCCAGCGGUGAUCAGUGUUUUAGCGGCGGUCUGGACGGGACCAUUCAGUGCUGGAACACACCGAACCCCAACAUUGAUCCGUACGACUCAUACGAGCCGUCGGUGCUGCGGGGGGCUCUGUCUGGACACUCGGAUGCGGUCUGGGGUUUGGUGUACAGCUCGGCUCAUCACAGACUGCUGUCCUGCUCCGCUGACGGGACGGUGAGGCUCUGGAGCGCAGCAGACACCUCGCCAGCCAUCGCCGUCUUCAACGAGGACAGAGAGCUGGGCGUGCCGUCGUCGGUGGAUCUGGUGUGCAGCGACCCGGCUCACAUGGUCACGGCCUUCACUAACGGCAGGAUGGGCAUCUUCAACAUGGAGACCCGACAGCUGGUGCUGGAGCUCGAGUCGCUAGCCGCCGGAAAACCCGAUGCGCCGUGUCAGAUUAAUAAGGUUCUCAGUCACCCGACGCUGCCCAUCACCAUCACAGCUCAGGAGGACCGACACAUCCGAUUCUACGACAAUAACACAGGCAAGUUGAUUCACUCUAUGGUUGCUCACCUGGACGCUGUCACCAGUCUUGCGGUGGAUCCUAACGGCCUCUAUCUGAUGUCUGGUAGUCACGACUGCUCGGUGCGUCUGUGGAACAUGGAGAGCAAGACCUGCAUCCAGGAGUUCACGGCCCACAGGAAGAAGUUCGACGAGUCCAUCAACGACGUGGCGUUCCACCCCACCAAGUGCUACAUCGGCAGCGCUGGAGCCGACGCCCUCGCCAAAGUCUUCGUAUGACCUCCGACCUCCGACCAAGACGGCUUCCACGAACUGAUGCGCGGCGAGGCCUGACCUCGCAGGGACCGCUCUGAUGAUCCGGGCAGGCCUGGGUGCUCGAGGGGAGGUCGACGAACACGGAGGAACGCCAGAGGAACCUCCAAACACCUCCUCCGUUCGCAGGAAGCUGGCUGCUUCCCAACACUCCUGCGGUUUUAGCUCUCCUCUCUGUUUUUUUUCCCGUCUUGUGUUCGCUCCUUUUUAACGAUGUGCCUUUUGCUACGAACAGUCUCGAGAAACGCAGAUUCUCUCCGAAUUAUUCCCUUUCGAAUUAUCCUAUAUACGAAAAGAGCGCGUUGAACUUAAUGCUUCUUCUCUCGACGAUGAAUUCAAGUUGUACAUAAUAUAACAUAAAAAUAACUCAAUUUCUACAUGCUCGUGUCCAGAUAUAAAUUCAGACACUUAUUUCGCCUCAAAAUCGAGAAAGUAAAGCCUGUUUUUAAGCUGCUUCCUCUUUUUUUUCCGUUGUGGCAUAGCUUACCGAACGUCAAAUUAAAAAAAAUAGCGAUUUUGUGGCGAAAUACGUCCCGGGUGACGUUCUUGAGAUUUAAGUCUUAAACGCUCCCGAUCCGUUCGGCGUCUCGGUUUAGCGCUGCGUUAAAUACUCAAGCUGUUACUUUGCGCGUAAACCCGAGUCGAUCCGGUAAAAGCCGCCUGUUCUGAGAAAUCGACUUUGUGACGUACCGACAAACGCGGAGACAAAAGUUUUUAGAUUUAGAGCGGCCGCUGAAUAUUCGUCAACGUGAUAAUGCGAUAAGUCUUAUAAUAGUUUGAAUGUGUUGCAGUUUUUGACAAGCUGUACUCAAAAGUACAAUGAUUCGGAAGUCUAUAUUCGUCGGAGAUCUGUUAAUUUAUUUUUUGCCUCUCUUGUUUUGCUUGUAAUGCCAAACGCAUUAGAUUUUCGCUUCAGGAAGGGACGAGCGGCUGCGUUGCGUACGUAAACCCCUUCGGCCGGUUCCUCUGACGUCGGCGUCGCUCGCUCAUCCUCACCUUCUCUACCUGCACAGGUGGUGGUUUGUGUAUUAGCCGAAAAUGAUUUGAAAUCUAUUUUAUAUGUAAUAGUUUGAAGCGGAUACUAGUGUUUUUUUUUAUCAUCGUGUGACUGGCGACCGAGGUUGCAAACAGGCCGUGACCCGAGUCUCCUGCAGGUUGAGGUUUGUUUGUUUUUUUUUAUUUGAAACUCUUCUGGUUUAUUUGAAUUCGUCUGUGAUUACUUGAACUAUCUGGGCGUGCGUGUGGGGUCUGCGUGUUUUUAACUGCUAGGGUAGAGACUUUCUGCUUUUAUCGGGAAUCGUUUGCCUUUAACUGAUGACGUGAGCACUACAAGACGAGCGGAGGGUUUGUGCGUUUCCUUCAGGUCUGUGAAAAGUGACGCGAGUUUGCUACUCUACCAAAUGAUGAUAAAGGACUGGUUUAGACGAACGUGAAAUCCGUCACCGUUUACUCACCUUCAUGUCACUGCAAACUUAUAGAAGCUGGUUUCUGACGCGAUUACUUCGUUUUCGCAGAAUUAUGGGUUCGAGAUGUUAUUGCGAUUUUUUUUUUUUUUUUUUUUUUUUUUUUUUUUUUUUUUUUUUUUUUUUGGUUAACAUCGCGCUUUUUUAUUUUCGCAACGGAAAAAGGUAAAUGCCAAUUUUUUUUUUAUCUCACAAUCUAAAGUUUUAGCACCGUGAGAUCUAAAAUCGUGAGAUAAAAAGUCACAGUUACCUUUUUUUUUAAUUCCAUGUCAGAAUUUGCGAAAAUUAAACUGCAAGGCGUGAACUCGAAAUUCGCGGAGCUGCACGAUAAAAAGUCGCAGUGGCCUUUAUUUCUGUUCGUAUCUCGUAAUUUUGACUUUGUACUCAGACUUGCGAGUUUAAAUCCGAAUUGAGUGAUGAUGAAAAAUCGCAGUUACUUUUUUUCAUUUGUUCCGUGGCGGAAAUAAAAAAAACUGAAUUACGAGUAAAUUUUCAACAAAAAACUUAACUUAGGACUGCAAGGAAACCUGCGAUUUUGAGUUUAUAUUUUCUGAGUUUAUAUAAACUCAUAAUUGCAAAAAAGUCUAAAUUGAGAGUAAUUGAGCAUUUUUUUCUCAGAAUCCCAGAAUACAGUUUAUAUCUGAAUUGUGAGAUAAAUUUUUUUUGUUGUGAAAACGGCCUAUCCUACAAACCCAUUUUAAGGUGUGGAAAACUCUCUUUUUACCAUUGCAUUUAAUGAAGACAAAUAAACGGGAUUGGAUCGACAUGACGGUGAAUAAACGGUACUUUUUUCAUUUUUGGGUUCUGUUCCUUUAAAUCCGGAGCGCGUUUGACGCUAAGCUCGCGCGCAGAGGUUUGGGACGUUGCUAGGGAACCGCGUGCGUGCGUGCGUGCGUGCGUGCGCGUCCGUGUUUUCGUACCAGUAAAUAUAUUUUCUGAUUUCGUUCAUUUUGGUGCGUAUUAAUUUUAGAUAUAUAAGAAAGAAUCUCAAUAUGUAUAGUUUUAAAGUAUUGAUCAACAAUCUAUUUAUGAACCAGAAUACAGUGUAUAUUAACCUGCGAAGCUAACCGUGAAGAUUAACCGAUGUUUGUGAUACUAGUCGUGCGGGAGAGUUUAGUUCGCGCCACCUGCUGGUCAGAGAUGGGAACUGUACAGCUGACUCGGCUACUGAAGAUGCUGAAGCGCUAUUGAUCGACGCGAUUUGAUUAUUCGGUCACCGAGCGAUUGACGUGCUUACCGGAAACACCAGAGCAUUUAAAGGGAACGAUGACACGAUUUGAUUGGACGGUCGGCCGAUGACGUCAUGACGGGACGCGCCUGUAUAGAGCUGUCGCUGAACUUUGAACCCUUUGGUUGUAUAGAGUGAGUUCGGAAAGAUCGUGUUAAUAAAUGCUAUACUCCUCUUGUACAUAUUUUAUUAUUGAUAUUACUGUUUAUUCUUGAUUUCCCGUUGUAUUCUCUUUUUUCCCCCCUCAGAUGGACAUUUAUCAAUAUAAUACAAUAAUAAAAGAAUAUGUUGUAUUUCA